AUGGCCCCGCAGCCCGAUGAUCGCCCCGAUUAUGCCGUCGGGGAGCCGGGUGCCCCCGCCGCCGGCCCGGCCCGCAGGAGUGAGCCGAGCGAGCGCUUGCCGAUGCGCCCCGGCGGCGUGCAGAACCUGAAGUCACACGCUUGGUUCGAGGGCUUCAAGUGGGAGGACAUGCAGAGCGGCAAGCUGGCCCCCCCGUACAAGCCCGUCGUCAAGAGCAAGAAGGACUUGGCCAACUUUUCCGCCCGCCCCGAGGACCCGACCGGCCCAGGCAGAUCGAGUACACGGACCCUGGCACCGGCUGGGACAAGAACUUCGCCACCUGCUCCUGAUGAGCCGCGCCGGUGCAGGGCCAGCGAUGUGCCGCGCGCCGCCAGGGCGUCGGCCCACGCGCAGUCUGCUCGCCGGGCCCGUUUUCCCUUCUGCCUGGGUCUUAGGGGUCGCGGCUCGCUCGCAGGCCAGAGUGAGCUUAAGCAUCUCAGCAGGCAAGGAGCAUCUGGUUGA